CAUGGAGACGGCCAAUAAGCAGCUCACUGCUAAAGAGUGUGACUGCUCAGAGGACAACCGCAAAACCAUCUCCCAGCUAGUUGUACAGAACAAAGAGACAAUCCGUGAAAGGGAGAAGCUGGAGAUGGAGUUGAAUGCGCUGCGUUCCACCACAGAGGACCAGAGAAGACACAUCGAGAUCAGAGACCAGGCGCUUAACAACGCCCAGGCCAAAGUGGUCAAGCUUGAGGAGGAGCUCAAGAAAAAGCAGGUUUAUGUGGAAAAGGUGGAGAGGAUGCAGCAAGCUCUGGCUCAGCUCCAGGCGGCAUGUCAGAAGAGAGAACAGCUCGAGCAUCGCCUCCGUAUUAGACUGGAGAGAGAGCUUGAGUCGCUACGCAUACAGCAG